GGGUCACCUAUGGGGUCCUUGCUUGGGGUGACGCUGCUCGGUGGUCUUGUGUUUCCGGAUUGGAGUCCUGUGUGUGGAAGGGAACCGUUCAGCUGUCAUCAUGUUGGAUAUAUUCUCCUCUAUCCCUACGCAGAUGGACUAUAAAGGUCAAAAACUUGCUGAACAGAUAUUUCAAGGAAUAAUCCUAUUUUCUGCCGUGAUCGGCUUCAUUUACGGCUAUGUGAUUGAGCAGUUUGGCUGGACAGUGUACAUAGUAAUUGUAGGCUUUGCUGUGUCUUGCUUGUUAACUCUUCCUCCAUGGCCAAUGUAUCGCCGCCAUCCAUUAAAGUGGCUGCCCGUCCAGGACUCUGCUACAGAUGACAAGAAACAGCAGGAUAAGAAAUCCAAGAAGCACAAAUAACUGCCCCCCUAAGGCCAUCACCACCAAUUCAGAGGACCACCUAUGGAGAAUGAACUUGAACUGAUAUGUUUUCUGCUAAGCAGAACAUUGUGCUUAUAGGGUUUGUGUUCCGGGUAUUGUCUACAUGUCCAAUAAAGAAGCUGAGCUGUUAUUUGUUUUACAUUUA